AAGUGCAGGAUGGCGCGGUAUGUGUGGGUACACGAGGAAACAAACCAUUUUUUAGAACUUAUUCGCGAUAGGGGAAUUACCAAUAUAUUAGACUCGAAGCAGCAAAGAAAUGCUAGCAUUUAUAAAGACCUCGAAGCGGCAAUGAAUGUAGCGGGCUUCCGCAAGCCCUGGCAAAUUCUUCGGUCAAAAUGGAAAACGCUAAAACAAAAAUACCUCGCGGAGAGAAGGAAACUUUCCAAAAGCGGCGCUGGUGGGAAGGACCGAAUUUGUUUUAAAUACUUCUCAAUAAUGGAAGAAAUCCUUGGUCAAAGACCAAUCGUCACAUCCAUGUCCAAAGUUGUCAACAGCAUUGGAGAUGAGGAGGAGGAGGAGGAUGUUGAUCCAGAUGAUAGGCCUACCCCACGUGCUAAGGAUGCAUCCAUUGAUUCGUCUUCUUUUGAUGAUGAGCCAACCAUAGAUGCUGAGACAAACAUGGAUGCUGAAGCCCCUGUGACCCCAAACAUUGUGGUGGAAGAAGAGAGACCUGCACUUACAGCUCAACACAGGUGGAGGACCUCAAGAAGCCGAAGACCAUCUCUGCAGAGUGUAGUUAGGGAGCAGGCCAGAGAAGAUAAUGCCGUCCUUAACACAAUCAGCCAGGUUAUGAGUCGUGCUAUUCAGUGUUUUGAAAGGGCAACAGAAGCAGCUGAGCGCCACGCUACUGCUCUUGAGGCUUUGGCUGGAAUUCAGCAACCCAAUACCUCACACACACAUCACCAGCCUCCUUAUUCCCUACAGCAUCCAACCACAAACCACCCACAACCUCCAUUCACUUCAUACAGUCAGCCCCAACACUAUCACCACACUCGACCACUGCACCCUCCAUACCAUCGUCAACAAGCUGGGUAUGAGUCUGAGCCUUGGUCAGCUGUCUCUUCUCCAAGCACCUCAUCCACCUACCAUAUGUUGUAGGCUCUAAGUCUAACGAGGUUCACAGUCCAUGUUACAGGGCACAGGUACAAAGUUA